GAAUGGCAAUUCUGCAUUGUUUAGUUGGACUAAUGUAUGCUACAGGAGUAUAUUCUGGUGCAGUCAUUCUUUCCCCAACUGUAGCCGAGGUAACUGAACACGAAAAUAUUACUUUAACGUGUAUUUACAACACCAGGCAACAACAGCCAUUCAGUUUAUGGACUACAUCUUCAAUGCCAGGUGUCUCGGCAUUUGUUGCGAAUAUCAGUGGCACUUGUAUGACAACUGGAUUUUUAAUUCGUCCAGAGUACAACUGUGAUUGUGGAGAAAACCAGUUUUCACUCAAACACAACAAUGUGACAAGAACACGACAUGGUGAAAAUUGGACAUGUAGCGUGGGCUUCACCAGCAGUAAUUAUGUGACGCUGACUGUUUUGGUGCCUAUAACAUCGAUAACAAUAACUUCACCAGUACAGAAGAUUGUGACAAUACAAGAAAAUAAAACGUUGACAUUUGUAUGCGAAACUUCUUUUGGAAGGCCAUCUGCAAAUAUCAUGUGGUACAGAAGCUUGGAAAAGAGUAAAGAACAAGAGAAAAAAACGAACAUUUCCACAACUGUUAAAACUAUUGAAAAUGGUCUAAAGAAAUCAACCAGUAGUUUGAGCUUUCUCCCAUCACGGUCUGACAACAACGUAAGCUUAUAUUGCACCGGAGCAAAUGUAAUAGGAAGACCAGUCAUAGAAUCAUCCCACAGACCAACACUGGAUGUCAUUUACCCUCCUAAUGAUGGACCAAACAUAAUGAAUUAUAGUAAUGGCGAUACAUAUCGAAUCAUUGACCAAAGCAAAGGGAUAAUAUCCUGUGCUAUAUCAGGAGCUAACCCUAUGCCUGUGCUGACAUGGAUAUGUUACAACGGAGGGACAGGUUCAACAGCUGAUGAUCAACUUGUAAGAACGUUUGCUUGGAGGGCUGUUCGUGGAACUGACAGACGAUGCACGUGCCAAUCAUCGCACAUACUAACCGGAAAUCAGUCUGUAUACGUAAAUGUUCAGAUACUUUACCCACCAACAAUUCCUAUCUUCAGAAUCAAUUCAACAACAGUAUCUGAGGUUAUUCGAGUAAUACGAGGUAAUUCUCUUAAUAUUAAAUGUGUUUUCUCUAGCAUACCUUCUCCUAAUUUAUACCGCUGGAUAAGGUCUGGUUCAUUCGGCAGUGUUGAUACACAAAUUUUGACAUUGAACAGUAUUGAAACUACAGAUAAUGGAGAGUAUAUAUGUGAAGCACAAAACACAAUGACACCAUCAUCGAGAGAAACGGUGACCGGGAUAUCUAACGCUAGUAUUAACUUGAAUGUUCUAUACGCACCUAUCACUGGUGUGCUUGAGGAUAAAAGUGUUGUUGAACACUCCUCAUUUACAGUCAUGUGUCCGUAUACAUCGGGAAAUCCUGCGUCUACAGUUAUCCGAUGGAUUAGAGAGAACGAUGUACGUCAAUGGAAUAAUCAAGACCUCAUGUUAUACAAUGUUUCGCGGACUGACGACAUGCAGUAUGUAUGUAUGGUGACAAAAAUAAUGAAACCAACAAAAGGGCCUAAAAUUUAUGGAAAUAGCUCUGCAAGUUUCCAUCUAAAUGUGAUGUACAAGUCAAGCAUAUCUUCUUUCCUCGUGCCUGGUUUUGAAAAUCAAAAUAUUAUCACAGUUGAUGAAGGUACUGACGUGACUUUCAACUGCCUGGCUGAUGCUAACCCAAAGUCGGAAAUGACAUUGUUUUUCAUGUCAACAUUUAUAGAGACAUGGUCGUCAACUGAUCCUUUCACUCAUAUUCUGCGCAAUGUGACGUACCUUGAAAGUGGAAUCUACAUAUGUGCAGGACAGAAUAAAUACAACAGAGGACAGCCAUCAACAAGAAAUAUAUCUCUUCUUGUGAGAUGUCGGCAUAAGGCAUUUGGUGCUAUAGAGGAAAAUAUACCCAGUAGUAUGUAUGCGUCGGCAACAUUUAGUUUCAAUGUUUUGGUAUACCCUUUCUUACAGACAAACGGAUACCAAUGGCGGCAUUUGGACGGGUUAUCAUGGAAACCAAUGACAAACACCUCUUCAGAGAUGAUAACUGUUGCAACAAUUCAGACAGAUCAAAUCUAUUUAUAUGUAACACAGUUUAAGCUCACUAUCAUCAAUGUGACAGAGUCUCAUUUUGGAUUAUUAUAUUCUUUGUUGGUAGUAAAUUCCAUGGGCAGCUUAACUCAAAAUUUUACUCUUCACAUGGUAGACAGAGUACGAGAGACUGUUUUCCAAAGUACAGUUGGUGCUGCUGUUGCAGGAACAGUAGGCGGAGCGGUCACGUGUGUUGUUCUAGCUAUUGGUAGUUAUUUAAUUAUACGAAGACAUAGAAUAUUUACAACAACACAAAAGAAACUAAAUGGUACUAGUUUAAAAUCUACUGAUACACACAAUUAUGACGACUUGCAACAUCACCAAAAUUACGAAAACACAGCGAUGGUUUACGACUCCUUGCAGACGGAGUAUAAAGAAGAACAAGUCGCCACGGAAACGUACGAUAGUGUGAAUCAAUUAGAUGAUGCAGAGAAAUGUGAAAAUACGUACAAAGAGCUGGCUAAUGUUAACGUUAGACAAAAAGAAGCACGAAUGGUCGCGGCAACAUACGAGAUGGUUAACCUUUCAGAAAAUACAGGAAAUGGUGAACAAAUAUACACAUUUCCGGACAAACGGAACAUUCAAAAUGAGUGCGAAGUGUAUGUUAAUUUAGAAAUUAAAUAGCGCUGAAUUUUUUUAAAGUAUCUGACCAGAAAGUGAAAUGUAUAAGACGGUGGUCGCAAGCAGCUAAUUUUGAGCAUUUGUCAUGAAAUGCAAGGAAAUAGAGUUAGAACAUGAUUGCAUCAACUAACAUUAAAGGGAAAAGUAGUUUAAUAACAUGUUUGAAUAUGUUUGAUAUUUUUUGUAUAAGUCAUUGUGGGCAAUGUUGAAUGACCUUUACUAGUGUUUAUUUUAUAUACAAGAAUUCAAUAAAUUUUCGAUUUUGGAAAACAUUUGGAAUAAUUUCUGUUUCUAUGAAACUUUUUUUUUCAGUGUAAGGUCGUAAAUUGAAUAUAUUUAUGUGAUAGGAUUGUUCAUUUUGUAACCAUUUAUUCACUUAAGAAAUAAUUUAUAGAUAAACCGUGUUUUAGCACUAUUUAUACAUGACGGGCGGUUAUACGUCGAAUGUAAUAAUUUCACGAGAGCGUCAUUUAUUCAGAGAUGAGAACGAACUUCUGUCUUACCAAAACAUAUCAGCAUUCUUUUAAGCAGAACCCACUGCAACCUACUUUUUGCUUAAAAGUGUGCUAUUUCUGAAAGUGUUUCAAAACUACCACCAUACCCGAUUUUCACUGUUUGAAUGGACUCACGAUAUCAAUCUGACUAAAGUACAUCUCCAAUUAAGGGGACGCAUACUUUGAAAUUAGAAAAAGUGGGUGGGGUAUUAUAAAAUUUACCUGCAAAAAAGUACAAGGUUUUGGUAAAUGAAAUGAAUACUGUUUCAACUGUUAUAAGUACACAAAGGAUUGCUCACUAAAAUAAAAAUGAGAAAAACUGAAACAAGAAAGUUAUUGUUGAAUUACAUAAGACUUCUUGUGUUCAUUCAAAGUCAACAAUUAAGACUUUUUGGUGCGAAAAUAAU